AUGGCAGCGGUGUCUUCUCCUCCCGUCAGUGGUGAUUCUGCGGCUGCUGUUCGCGGCUUCUUGCAGUGUGCUAUCGCGCUCUACCAAGAUGUGUUCGCCUUGCAUCACGACGCAGAUGGUGAUGAGCAGAACGACAGUUCCACGACAGACGGCCCCUCCACGGCAGGCCAACGCCUUGCUGUGCAUGCUGCUGCCCUUGGCGACUCUCUGGAGGCGCUCAGGGCUGUUCAGCCCGGUCCCGAUGAAGUCGACGCGCAUCCGCUCAGCACUCUGCCAGGCGCCUGUUUCAAGGUCGCACAAGACCUGAUGCUCCAUCUCGACAGAGUUACGGGAGAAUUGCAGUCGAAUGCGGCCUUUGAUGCCAUCAGCUUGCGUGACUUGUGGUCCCUUCGCGAUGUUGCUGCGCUUGGAACGAGACUUCAAGCCUUGAGCAAGAAGUUCCAUGAUGAUGUUGACAACACAUUUGAAGUCCGUCGGCUUCCUCUCCCCGACCUCACUCCGCUGAAACAAAAGAAAGACGAGCCUCAAGACAGAGAUGUGCCGCCAAAGGAAGAAGGCCAAGAAGACAGAGGGAAGCAAAAGAUGCGGCGCAUUAACAUUGUACCCGGCGACAACAAGUUCAUUGAGGUCCCCGUCAAACAUCGACCAACGCCAGACUCCAUCGUGCACGACUACAUCCUCGACACUCUUUCUUACAAGAGUAUGCACUUUCGAGAGCAAGAAGUCACAAAGGCUCAUAGCAAGACUUUCGAGUGGGUGUUCCAGCCUCUCACUUCCACUGGAGAAGAAACCGAGCAAAUGUCAGAGCACCCCUUCUCGACAUGGCUCCGCGGUGAUUCUCUUGGCCCCAUCUACUGGAUCACUGGAAAGCCGGGAUCGGGCAAAUCGACCCUCAUCCGGUUCCUCUUCGAUCACAAAGCCACCAUGCAACGCUUGAGCUCUUGGGCUGCUGGCAAGCCCGUGUUGACGGCUGGCUUCUUCUUCUGGACCAGUGGCUCCCGAGAGCAGCGCUCGCAAACUGGGUUGCUGCGGUCUUUACUCCACCAGAUUCUGUCGGCACAUCCAGAGUUUGCUCCAGCGGCGUUUCCGGAUGUGUGGAAGAAGCUGAAGACACUGACUACGAAAGAACGGGUUGCGUUGCAGCUGGAUUGGUCUGUUGCGGACCUUCUGGAGGCAUUCCAGGGCGUCAUGAAUGUGGUGGUGCCCAAAAUGAAUGUCUGUUUGUUCAUUGACGGACUAGACGAGUUCGAGGGCGACCAUACGGCCAUCAUAGAAUUCUUCAAGAGUCUGUGCCUUGGAGAAAAGGGGCAAUCGAUCAAGAUUUGCCUGUCAUCUCGACCAUGGGCCGUCUUCCAGAACGCUUUCGAGUAUGCUGUCCCGAACCUGAGACUGCAGGACCUCACCUACAACGACAUGUAUCGCUACAUGAGGGACAAGAUGCGGCAGAACACUCACAUUCGACACCUCCUUAAGCACGAGCCCGAAGCUGGAGAAGGACUGAUCAAGGCCACGGUGGACAAGGCUGAUGGCGUGUUCCUAUGGGUGAGACUCGCCCUCAACGAAAUGAUUCGCAAGUUUGAUCAAGCCACUGGACUUGCGGGUUUGUCUGCAAUCAUGCAAGCCUUGCCGGCGGAGCUGAACGAUCUCUUUCACUUGUUCUUCUUUGAGAACCAGAAUCAUGACGAACUGGCCGAAGCUGCCGUCAUAUUUGGCCUCAUGAAUGCGCGCGAGCUUGUGGCCGACUUUAUCCAAAACGAUGCCGCCAACGCCCUGACUCUGUGGGAGUUUGCAUUUGCCCUUAAGGGCAGAGAGGAUGAUUCAGCUGCGGUUGCCGAGGAGGUGAAGCAGACAUCGGCCGCCACAGCUUUUGAGCGCUGCGCAAUGGCCGUCUCUCUCAUCAUGCACCGAUUCUCGGGCCUUCUGGGAAUACAUUCUCCCUCUGAGUCUAGUGCUCGCGGCCUUCGAUUUGCCGACAAAAACGAAGACAUGAGCGAAGUCAGAGAAGCGGCCGCAAGACGAGUAACUUACAUCCAUCGCACGGUGCGCGAUUGGUUCAUGGAGGAGCCUGGAGUCAUGGAUCGUCUUGUCAGCAAGACGCCUGUCGAUUUUGAUCCUCACUUGCGGCUACUCCGAUCCUAUAUCCUCCAGAUGAAGAACCCACUCGAGGAGGUUGAGCAUCACCGACAGCUGGACGAGUGGUGGCCCGGCAUUGCGCUUGCCAUGACGCAUGCAAGGUACGUACAGAAGGAUCCUCGACAUCUGCAGCGAGCAAUGGUCAACGAGGUGGACAAGACCAUAUCCUGGUACUGGCUGCGCAAGACUGAUGAUCCGUACGACCACUGGGCCAGAUACGGGCUGGGCCCGUAUCGAAUCUUUACGAUUGCUGCGCCGUUGUGGCAGCCCUUUCUGUGCCUGGCCACCAAAUUCGGGCUCGCUCGCUAUGUCUCUGAGGAGAUCCUCGCUCGCAGCGCCUUAGAGGGAAAGCUGUCUGACCAAGCGAAAGAACUUCAGACGGCCGAAUCGACGCCGCUGCUUGCAUACGCCACCGAGUUUCUCUGCUCUCGCAACAAGACCAUCUACCCCCUUUCGGACCCUCGUCUGGUCGCGCUGCUCCUGAACAACCAGUGCCGCAUCAACCCCGGCCCAAACCACCCAUACACGGACUUCUGGACUCAGCAGCCACGCACGCCUUGGAUCACCGUCUUGAGGCACUUGCGUGAUGCACGGCGGCGAGGCUGGAUCGAGUACUACGAUGUUGAUCCGCAGGGUACGGCGCGGUGGGCGGAGAUUGUGAAGCUGUUUGUCGAGGUGGGAGGCGCUGAUAAGAAGGCGGUUGUUGCCAAGGACAGCUGGGAUCCCGAGAUUACGGCGGUGGGGGUGAUGGAGUUGCUGGAAGAGACAUAUUUGGCUGUUGAGAUGAAGGAGUUGGUGGACUUGAUGAAGGGCUAG